UUCAUUAACUAACCUAACUGUACAACUUAAGAAGGAAAGGUAGAGUAAGAGUUUGGGAGGUGGAAAGAACUAGCCAAUACACAACCGGAAUCUCCUCUAUAUAAGCCGUGCAACCUCCUCUCUGCUCUCCGCCCCCCAUCGCAUGUUCUAAUUAAGUUGUCUGUCGCGUAAAGUAAGCAGCUUGUUUAAUUCUUCGGAGCAACAUGGUUUCGGCCGACGCGAUCCGAACCGUGGUUGGGAUCUUAGGAAAUAUUAUAUCGUUGGGGUUGUUCCUAUCACCAGUGCCAACCUUCUAUAGGAUAUGGAAGAAGGGAGCGGUGGAGCAGUUCUCGGCGGCGCCGUACCUUGCAACCCUCCUGAAUUGCAUGAUGUGGGUGGUGUACGGGCUACCCCUGGUGCACCCCCACAGCACCCUGGUCCUCACCAUCAACGGAUUGGGCCUCCUCAUUGAGCUCUGCUACGUCCUUCUCUUCCUCCUCUUCUCCGAUGGCCGCAAGAGACUGCGCGUCUUCCUCAUCCUCGCAGCCGAGGUCGCCUUUGUAGUGGCGGUGGUUCUCCUGGUGCUCACGCUUGCUCAUACCCACGACCGUCGCACCCUCGUCGUGGGCAUCAUCUGCGUCUUGUUUGGGACCAUGAUGUACGCCGCUCCCUUAACAAUCAUGAAAUUGGUAAUCCAGACGAAGAGCGUGGAGUUCCUGCCCCUCUACCUCGCUGUUGCUUUUUUCUUAAACAGUGCUUGUUGGACCACCUAUGCUCUCAUCCGCUUCGACCUUUUCAUCACGAUACCCAACGGUUUGGGGCUAUUAUUUGCAGUAGCUCAGCUGGUGUUACACUGCGUGUACUACAAAUCCACCAAGCAACAGAUGGAAGCCCGAAGGAAGAUGACGGAGUUGAGUCUGGCAGAGGUGGUGGUGCCUGAAGAGAGCUGCCGCACUAGCACCACCGCCACAACCACGCCAAAAUGGCCACCACUCCGACAACCGCAAGAUACGAAAUCACCCGAUGCCUGAGAUCAUCCCAGUCUAAGCUAUAGCCAUCUCAAAUUUCUAAUCCUCCCAUUUGCUCCUAUUAGCUCUACUACUUUCUAUAUGUCGAGCUAGCUUUUUAAGUUGCUUGGGCAGCGACGAUAAGCCUCGGAUUGAACUUUCUAAAGAUGGGACACAUGUCGGUACUUGCAUAAAUCCUGCAAUCCUAUCUUGACCAAGAUGGAGAAUGUGUACACCUAUUUUUGGAAAAAUAAACACUCUACUCAUCCUACUUCUACGUAGUCCUAGGACUUCACGAUAGCUUGAAUGGAUCAGUUUUGCAUGUUUGACUGGUGUGA